UGGACAAAAGAAUAGCUUGGAUAAAGCGAGGUUUGAGCUCAUGUCCGAAGUUAAAAAGAAGUUGCAGAGAUAUUCGCUUGAACGCAUUCUGCAAGAUGGACAACUCACUAGGGAAAGCUUGAAAAAUUUGUUCGAUAAAUUCGAUAAUGAUAACGAUGGGAAGAUGGAAAUCUCUGAACUAAAUGAAUUUACUUUAGAGUUUGGAAAACUUGGGAAACUGAAGUGCGACAUGAAUGCUCUUGCGAAAACCGUGCUAAAAGAGUUUGAUAAAGAUAACGAUGGUAUGGUAAACGAGGAUGAAUUCGCUAAGGGAAUCACUAAAUGGCUGAAAGAACGAAAGGCCGGUUUGGUAACUUGCGCUGCGGCAGCUGUUGCUCCGAGUCUGAAGGUGGAAGAGCAGAAGAAAAGUGUUGGUUAUACGUUGAUAGCUACAAUCAAAGUCAUUGCAGGAAUCUUAAUUGUUGUGUUUCUUGCAAAGCCUUUCAUGAUGAACAUCUCGCUCUUGUCUGCCUCAGCUGGAAUCCCUUCUUUCUAUGUCGCUUUCGCAGUGAUUCCAUUGGCUAGAAACCUGAAGAACGCUUUGUCUCUUCACUUCUGUGCCAAAAGAGAAAAGCAAGAAGCAGCAUCUCUCACAUUUUCACAGGUACACAUCACCAUUGUUUCAAUCUUAGCGAUUGUGUACGCGAAAGGAUUGACAUGCAAUUGCUCAACAGAAGUUCUCAUAGUUGUGUUCUUAGGGCUUAUUGUCGGUUUACCGGCCUCUAUUACUUCCACUUAACCCUUAUGGGCAAGCCUUGUAGCCUUCAGCUUUUAUACAAUCCCUGUUAUCCUCAUCGCACACCGCUAUUCCUGAGACUCAGAGUGAAAUUCUCUUUUGUUUCCGAGUGUAUUGCUUUGCAUCAUAUUCCUUCAAUCAUUGUCUUUAAUGGAUUUCAAUGGAAAAAUGUACAGAGAAAAUAAAAUCUUUGAACAUCGAAUACACAGUUGUCUUUACUACGCAAGUAACUCUAGUAAGUCCUUGUUCUAGCUACUAAACAAAUAUACAAGUUGUAUUUUUCUAGUUCCAUCACUCUGAUAAAACAAAACUGGCCGGUGUCUACAUUGACGUUUAAAGUUGUAUAAUGAAGAUUAUUGAUUCACAUGUUCAAAUGAUUUAAAAGUCAAUAUAAUAAUCAACUGCUAAUCAUAGAUUCAUAAUUAAAGAGGUGUCGUUUCACGUACUUCUAAAAAACAG